AUGGUCGAUAGAGAUCCAGGCACACCUACCUGGAAGUUCACACAAUGCUUCGGCGAUAAAGGCGAUGUAGAAGACAUUACAGAAGGUAAUUGCCAACAUAUCUCGCUCCCUUCGGCCGAACCUGGCCCAUCCCUACAGAGUGCAUCGACUGACACGCGCUCUCCAGCGGACAUCAUUUCGACCGUCGAAUUCGAUCACACCGGAAACUAUCUCGCGACUGGUGACAAAGGAGGAAGAGUGGUGCUGUUCGAGCGAAAUGAGACGAAAAAAACCUGCGAAUAUAAGUUCCACACCGAGUUCCAGUCACACGAGCCGGAGUUCGAUUAUCUCAAGUCGCUAGAGAUCGAGGAGAAAAUCAACAAGAUAAAAUGGUGCCGACGACAGAAUGCAUCCCAUUUCCUUCUCUCGACAAACGACAAGACGAUAAAGCUGUGGAAGGUGUUUGAUAAGUCGCUGAAAGUGGUUGCAGAGAACAACUUAUCGAAUGAACUUACUCCAGCAAACUCUGUCGGGGGCGGGGGUAUGGCUCGCGCACCCCGCGUCUCCUUCAAGGACCCCUCCGCACUCAAGCUUCCUCGUCUGACACACCACGACACUGUCGUUGCUGCUGUGCCACGCAGAACAUACGCCAACGCUCACGCCUACCAUAUUAAUAGCAUCUCCGUCAACAGCGAUGGCGAAACCUUUAUCAGCAGCGACGACCUCCGAGUGAACCUAUGGAAUCUUAACAUCCAGGAUCAGAGCUUCAACAUUGUGGACAUUAAGCCAGCGAAUAUGGAGGAACUUACCGAAGUUAUCACAGCAGCUGAAUUCCACCCAAUCGGCUGUAACUGGUUCAUGUAUGCCAGCUCCAAGGGCACGAUCAAGCUUGCCGAUAUGCGGCAACGUGCCCUAUGCGACGAGCACGCCAAGCUCUUUGAACAAGAAGAGGAUGCGUCGUCUCGUUCCUUCUUCUCCGAAAUCAUUUCCUCUAUCUCCGACGUGCGUUUUUCCAACGAUGGACGGUACAUCGUGUCAAGAGACUACUUGACGGUGAAAAUUUGGGAUGUCAACAUGGAACGUCAACCCGUCAAGACCAUUCCCAUCCACGAGCACCUGCGUCCUCGACUCUGCGACACCUACGAGAACGAUAGCAUCUUCGACAAGUUUGAGGUGGUCUUCUCUGGAGAUGCCCAGAACGUCAUGACCGGUAGCUACAACAACAACUUCAUGAUCUACCCCACAGAAGAACAGAAGGAUACAGAGAUUGUGCUCCAGGCAGACAAAUCGGCAUUUAAGGCAAAGAAGGUCGGUGUACCGACGCCGAUGGGCAAGGGUGGAAAGAAGGCCGGCUCGCGAUCAGGUAGCCCUGCUGGGCCCGGCAGUCGUAUGAAGAAGGAGACCGACGCCGACCAGAUUGACUUCAACAAGAAGAUCUUGCACAUGAGCUGGCAUCCUUUCGAGGACAGCAUCGCAAUUGCGGCGACAAACAACCUCUUCGUCUUCUCCGCCCUUUAA